ACGGCCAUCCGAGCGCCACAAAGCCCAGCUCCCCACCACACCACUCUCCCUCCUCCGCCCCCGAUCGUGCAGACAGCAGACGUGCAGCCCGGCCGCUCGCGCUCCCCUCUGGUCUCGCCGCCCUUCUCCACCGUCUCGUAGCGCAGCGCAGCGCAGACCCUGCUACUUCUGCAAAUCAUUAUCCAUCAAUUGGAAUUCAGGCCGAGAGUUGCCAUACUUUAGCUUCCAAUCAGUGCUGUACCUUCAAGUUUGGGAUCCUUUUGCAACAAGUUAAUGAUUACUGUGCUACAAGACCGAAACUCCUAAAUGUUAAUCGACCUGUUUUGGAUAUCUGAUGCAACGUGGCAGAUGGCUGCUGGGAGGGGCAUCAGCCAGCUUCUGAAGAAAGCAUUUCGCCAGCACUCAUAUGAUUCAUCUCUUCUUUCUUCAUUCCGGAUAAAUCAUCCAGAAGGAGCCUCUGGCUUCACUGGACUGAAAGCAUUGGCUAUUCUUGGAGUUGGUGCUUCUGGCCUUUUAAGCUUUGGUACAAUAGCGUCAGCUGAUGAAGCAGAGCAUGGGCUAGAAUCUCCGAGCUAUCCCUGGCCACAUGAAGGCAUCCUUAGUUCUUAUGAUCACGCAUCAAUAAGGCGUGGACACCAAGUUUAUCAGCAAGUGUGUGCCUCCUGUCACUCGAUGUCCCUGAUCUCGUACCGAGACCUGGUUGGUGUUGCCUACACAGAGGAGGAAACAAAAGCAAUGACCGCUGAGAUUGAGGUGGUUGAUGGGCCAAAUGAUGAAGGCGAAAUGUUCACACGCCCGGGUAAGCUGAGCGACCGUCUGCCGCAACCAUAUGCGAAUGAGCAAGCGGCUCGAUUUUCAAAUGGUGGAGCAUACCCCCCAGACCUCAGCUUGAUUACAAAGGCCAGGCACAAUGGUCAGAACUACGUUUUUUCUCUUCUUACUGGUUACCGUGAUCCACCUGCUGGCGUCUCGAUUCGUGAAGGCUUGCAUUACAAUCCCUACUUUCCUGGUGGCGCCAUAGCCAUGCCCAAGAUGCUUAGUGAUGGAGCUGUCGAGUAUGAAGACGGUACUCCUGCAACGGAAGCUCAGAUGGGUAAAGAUGUUGUCUCAUUCUUGUCAUGGGCAGCUGAGCCUGAGAUGGAAGAGAGAAAGCUGAUGGGAGUCAAAUGGAUCUUCCUACUCUCGCUCGCGCUUAUGCAAGCUGCUUAUUACCGGCGCAUGAAGUGGUCGGUCUACAAGUCCCGCAAGCUGGUCCUUGAUGUGGUCAAUUGAGGACCAACGCUUAGUUUUCUCCAAACAUUUCUUGGGUGAUUAGAAAUAUUUGAAAUAAGGAGUACACGAUGUACGUUUUCACACGGGCAUGGUUGACAUGCAUGCCUAUAAUGCAUUAUUCUUGUCUACAAUUACUCUCAUCUUUUUGGGGGACACGGUUUUCAAAAUUUGACAUGUCAACAGUGCCAACAAUCAUCUAGCAGAAAAAUAAGACAGAGAUUGUAAAUAUAUUUGUGCUUUGUUGAUCAAAUUUACUUUUACUUUGUUUUUUAAGUCCUGUAAUCCACAGUCCACACACAGACUGCAGUUUCAGGAUUUGGGGAAUAUAUGUAACCCUUCUGGAUUUCUGA